AUGUCGCACGGUACUGUGAAGAGUACCAAGAAUGGGAACAGCUCGCAUGCUGUCGAGACGUCGAGGGAGGGUUCCGAGAGCCUGCCACCCCCGCCAGACGGCGGAUGGGGUUGGAUGGUGGUCUUCGCAUCCUUUAUGAUUCAUAUAGUCACCGACGGCAUGACCUAUUCGUUCGGCGUAUUUUACGCAGAGUUCCUGACCUAUUUCAACGAGGGCAAAGGCAAGACUGCGUGGAUCGUAUCUAUUCUUGUUGGAGUCACAUUAAGCUCAGGUCCAAUAUCAAGCUCGUUUGUAAAUCGUUUUGGGUGUCGGGCAGUUACUGUUGCGGGCGCGCUACUGUCCGCCACGUGCGUAAUUAUCUCAGCCUAUGCAAACAACGUGACAACGCUCAUCUUCACAAUUGGUAUCGGCGCUGGCAUGGGUUUCGGCCUUAUCUAUCUUCCCGCAAUCGUGAGCGUAACUGUUUGGUUUGAGCGUUAUCGAAGUCUUGCUACAGGUAUUGCGGUAUGCGGAUCCGGUCUUGGUACAUUCCUGUUUGCUCCUAUCACAUCAGCUCUAAUUACAAAUUAUGGAUGGCGAGGGGCGAUGGCUCUUAUAGGAGCUUUUAUUCUCAACUGUAUUCCACUAGGACUUAUGUUCAGACCAGUUCCUGAACGUCCUAGGACACCAAUCACUGAGCCAAUGUUGCCUAAAAAAAAGAAAUCUCCACUUAAAAAGGCUCAAAGUACGGAACAGGUUGCAAAAGCGAAUGGCGAUGAUGUAGCAAGACUAACAUUAUCUCAGCCUGCCUUAAACAAACCACAGGAACAAAAAUCAUACUCACGGCACGGCAGUGGUAUUAUGCAAAGGCCUGAUGUCUUGUACCAAGGGAGUAUGACUAGCUUAACAAAGUAUAGAGCAGCGUCUCCUGACAGAAUACAAAUUUCUAUAAAAAAAGAAGAACGGAAACAAAAAUGUGGCUGGUUACCAUGUUCAGAAGAGUCGAAAGCAGCUUUAUCAGAAAUGCUUGAUAUUUCUCUUCUAGUCGAUCCUGUAUUUAUUCUAUUUUCACUAUCAAACUUUUUAACUAGUAUAGGCUUUUAUAUACCGUAUGUCUAUACAGUACCUAUGAGCGAAAAACUUGGCAUUGAGAACCCACCAUAUUUAAUAUCUAUUAUUGGGGCAUCCAAUCUGGUCGGAAGGAUAAUCCUGGGAUACAUUAGCGAUAAGCCCUGGGUCAACCGCUUAUUAGCAUAUAAUAUAUGCUUGACUAUCGCGGGAAUUAGUACGGCCAUGGCAAUGGUUUGCUGGGAAUUUUGGGGGCUCGCUAUGUACGCAACAGCAUUUGGCUUCACUAUUGGUGCUUACGUCGGUUUAACUUCAGUGGUGCUAGUUGAUCUUCUUGGUAUCGAAAAAUUAACCAAUGCAUUUGGUUUGCUUUUAUUAUUUCAAGGAAUCGCAUCUCUUAUUGGACCACCGUUUGCAGGCUGGUUGUAUGACACAUUACAAUCGUACGCGCCAGGAUUCUACGUAGCGGGUGGUACCAUCUCAUUGAGUGGUCUUAUCCUCUUUUUCAUUCCUAUGUUAGAGAAAAGGAAUGCCAACCGGGAUACGAUGCUAGAACAGAUU